AUGGCACCUCCUAUCCACAUUAAGCAGCAGCAGACUCGCAACAAGUCAUGCCAGCUAGAUAUACUGGUAAUUGGCGCGGGUCUUGCUGGUCUCGGAAGCGCAAUCAGCUGUGCUCUUGCCGGCCAUAAAGUCAGCAUCCUUGAAGCGGCUGCUGAGAUAAAGGAGGUAGGCGCCGGUAUUCAGGUCCUUCCAAACAGCUCUCGCGUCUUGCAACACUGGGGUCUUGAGAAGGCCUUGACACCCUACAUGACAUUCCCGAGUUUGUGCAACUUCAUUGGUUGGAAAGGAAACAAGAUUUCUCACCUUGAUUUCCACGAUUCCGAAAAGAGAUAUCCCGGCACUUGGUAUCGAGAUUUCCACCGCGCCGAUCUUCAGCGGUGCCUAGUUGAGAGGGCUCUAGAGCUGGGAGUGCGCGUGAUCUGCAAUGCGCGCAUUGACGAUGUGCGUGUAUGUGGAAACGGAAUAACAGCGAAGGUCUUCGCUGCAGAUGGAAGAGAAUGGGAAGGCGACCUCGUUAUCGGGGCUGACGGGGUGUUUGGAAAACUGACCGAGGGCUUGCUGGGUCGCAGUGAUCCACCGGUCAAGACGGGCGAUCUCGCAUAUCGUCUACUUUUGUCAACUGAAGAGAUGCGCAAGGACCCUGAGCUGGCGCCUUUUGUGGAUGAGCCUCAAGUGAAUUAUUGGCUGGGACCAGAUGCUCACGCUGGAGGGGAUCUGUUCAACAUGGUUCUACUUGUCCCAGACGACAUUCCCGAAGAUUCACUAGCGUCGACGAUAGAGGGGAAUGUAGAGGAGAUGUGUGCCUUGUUUGAGGGUUGGGAUCCACGAGCUGGUAUGGCCUUCGAAGAUGGUGCUGUUCUCGGCGAGUGUCUAUCGCGUCUUCCCGAUAAUCCUGAAAUUUCCAAGGACUCGCCCGCAUUCGUGGAGAUGAAGAAGCAUGCCCUUUCUGUUUUCCAGGAAUGUCGAAAGCAGCGUACCAAGAUGGUCGUCGAGCGAGGGAACGUGCAGCAGUAUCUAUACCAUCUUCAUGACGGAGCAGAGCAACAGGAAAGAGAUCGCAAGAUGCAGAUGGUUCCCACCCCGGAAGGGGAGGCUCUGGCUUGGAGAGAUCCAGGAUUGGCUCCAAAACUCCUCGGAUAUGAUCAUAUUGCUGAUGUACGUUUCUUUUCUACUCUCAAUAACCACAGCUAA